AUGGAAGCCUCUCAGGCAGAAAUCCAACAGCAGCUGCCGCCGCAACCGCUCUCAUAUCGCGCCGCGAACGACAAGCUGCCGUCGCCAACUUCGCACAAAUCGCCCCCCGCCGCAGUGAUGGAUUCGGCCCAUUCGGCGGACGGCAUGACGCCUUCCAAUCCCGCCUGGAUGACACCGCCAACCUCGGAGCCUCGACGACGACCCGGCAUCGCCUAUCAGAACAUGGCUUGCUGCCCUGGCGACGACUGCUCGACUGUUCCGAGCUGGGACAUGCUGCUCCUCCAGCCCGGAUCCGAGGAUGCGGCCGCGCGGCCCAUCCCUGCGCACCAGCAACUCCUUCCCUUCAACAACGUGAACGGUCACUGGAACCAGAAGCAGUAUGAUGAGAGCAUGGAUUUCCACGGCCUCGAGGUCGACGGCCCCGUCGGCCAGGCCUUCACGACGGACGAAACCGUGCCCAUCAUCGACCUGAGGUACUCGAACCCGGCGCAGGACGGCAACCUGAAUCGUCGGAGAAUGUCUGGCUCUUCGCCAACCACGUCCGGGGCCAUGUCCGACCAGCCGCCCUACGACGACUUUUCGGCCGCUCUGUCCGAGGCGCCCUCGUACAGCUCGGACUACCCCUCAACCUCGAACCGCAACUCUCUCAUGUCGUCGAUACACCUCUCGCCCGUGGCGUCACCUCGCAUGACGUCCAGCGCCAGACCCGAGCAAGUGCGGGGUCCUAGCCGGGGCCGGGCAACUCCGUCCCCGCGGCCGAGCGUGCGAUCGGUCCCGUACAGCCUCGACGGUCCCAAGAAUCAGCGGUGGUCGACGGGCUCGUUCGCGCCGACACCCACCAGACGCCAGUCGCCAUUCGUCUACAACGCGCCGCCCGAUGCGUACGGCAUGCCGGACCGGACCUCGUUCCAGGGACCCCAUCCCGCCCAGCCGCUGCCUCUGAACUUGGGCGCCUUCCCGCCGGCAUCUCGCGGUCCCUUCAUGGUCAACGGUCAGCCCAUGUAUCAGCGGAACAACAUGUUCGGGCCGCCUCAACCCUUCCACUCGGACAUGCGCAGCUACGACCAGGCGCCGGGGAUGCACUCGCAGGGACUGUUCAAGAUGCUCCAGAGCAACGGGGAUCCCCACACGCUGCAAGGACACUACACGGACCUGUCGGACCCUCCCGAUCUCUUCGCCUCCCUGCAGGAGGAGCAGAUCCCGCCGCCGGAGGAGGACAUGAACCCGUCGGACCCCGAGAUGACGCCGUACGAGCAAGACUUGAGGUUCGAGGGCGACCUGUACACGCCGCGGUGGGUGCGCGGGCACGGCAACAAGCGCGAAGGGUGGUGCGGAAUUUGCAAGCCCGGCCGGUGGCUGGUGCUCAAGAACUCGGCCUUCUGGUACGACAAGUCCUUCACGCACGGAAUCAGCGCCGCCACGGGCAGUCCUUUCCAGGAGCCGUUGGACACGAGGCGAAUGGAUGGCAACCCGGAUGUCUGGGAAGGACUCUGCGGCAGCUGCAACGACUGGAUAGCGCUCGUGAGCAGCAAGAAGAAGGGCACGACCUGGUUCAGGCACGCGUACAAGUGCCACACGCACCCCAAGAUCAAGGACGCCCCGAAGCGGCGGCGGGACGCCAACCACAACCGGCCGGUGGGCGCGCAAAACGGUUCCAAGGUCAAGCAGGAGCUGCAGGAGCCGGAGAGCCCUCAAGUCGGCAGCCUUCCCCCGUCGGGCUUCAACACACCGACUUCGGUCCCGAUGCCUCAAGUGUACAUGCAAAACGGAGUCCACAACCAGCUGACGCCGGGUCCGAGCCCCGAACCCCUUCACCUGGCCGGCGCCAUGCCGUCAACGCCGCUCUCGGCCACUUCGGUUACCAUGAGCAACAUGAUCUAG